CCACCUGCAGAGUUGUUGAUCUUAUCAACAAACAAGCAAGCAAGCAAUUAUCUAUGCAAUUCUCAAAGCCAUGCUAAAAAUUGGCUGAAACCUCCCAAAGUUUUUUUCUUCCUUUUAUUCCUUCACUUAUUAACUUCUCUUUCCCCAAAUUAUCCUCUUCUUCUACACACACAAAUGUCAGAGACAUCGAAGUUAGAAACUUUUCAUCCAGAAGCCUCUGAAGGGUGUUCUUUAGAGACUUCUGGAUUGAAAGUCUCCAAAGGGUGUUGUUCAAAGACGUUGAUGCAGAGCAUUUUUCAUGAGCUCAAGGUACAAAUGAGAAUAGGCCUACCAUUGGUGGCUAUGAACUUGUUGUGGUUUGGUAAGAUAACAAGUACAUCUGUGUUUCUUGGCCGUCAAGGCAAGCAUAACCUAGCCGGUGGCUCGUUAGGGUUUUCCUUUGCGAACGCUACUGGUUUUGCUGUUUUAUACGGAAUCUCUGCUGCAAUGGAACCCAUUUGUGGGCAAGCUUUCGGAGCCAAGAACUUUAAGCUUCUCCACAAAACCCUUUUGAUGGCGGUGUUCUUGCUUCUCUUGAUCUCGAUCCCUAUAUCUCUCUUGUGGCUCAACGUUGACAAGAUCCUCACAAGUUUUGGUCAAAAAGAAGACAUAUCCUACAUAGCCAAGAGAUACCUUAUCAACCUCCUUCCUGAUCUACCAGUUCUCUCUUUGCUUUGUCCCCUUAAGGCUUAUUUAAGCUCACAAGGCGUUACGCUCCCCAUCAUGUACACCACAGCUGCAGCCACUUCUCUUCAUAUCCCCAUCAACAUAUUCCUCUCUAGAGCAAAGGGAAUCCAAGGAGUUGCAAUGGCGGUUUGGAUCACAGAUCUUAUCGUCGUGAUUCUUCUAACGGGGUACGUGAUAGUCGCUGAGGGAUUGAAAGAUAACAAAUGGAAACAAGGUGGGUUGUUGGACCAACGUGGUCAAGACUGGCUUAAUCUGAUCAAGCUUAGUGGACCGUGUUGUCUCACCGUGUGCCUCGAGUGGUGGUGCUACGAGAUCUUGGUCAUAUUAGCCGGGAGGUUACCAAACCCUGAGGAGUCAGUAUCGACCUUGGUCAUACUUCUCAACUUCGACUACUUGCUUUACGCUGUGAUGCUCUCUUUAGGCACGUGCGUGGCUACGCGAGUGUCUAACGAGCUCGGCGCGAAUAAUCCAAAAGGAGCUUAUAGAGCAGCUUACACUACACUCGUUGUGGGUGUUUUUUCGGGAUGCGUAGGAGCUUUAGUGAUGAUAGCAUGCAGAGGUGUAUGGGGGUCUUUGUACGCUCACAAUGACUUAAUGAUCAUAAACGGUGUGAAGAAGCUGAUGUUGAUAAUGGCGGUUGUUGAGGUUAUAAACUUCCCUUUAUUGGUAUGUGGAGAGAUUGUUCGUGGAACGGCAAAGCCAUUGCUUGGAAUGUAUGCGAAUAUUGGUGGGUUUUACCUGUUGGCUUUGCCGUUAGGGGUGAGUUUGGCGUUCAAAGCUAAACUAGGUCUUGUAGGAUUCUUGAUAGGGUUUUUGGUUGGAGCAUCAGUUUGUUUCUCGACGUUGCUCAUUUUUAUUGCAAGGAUUGAUUGGGAGAAAGAGGCGGGCAAAGCACAGAUUCUAACUUGUGACAAAGAGGGAGAACAUACUCCACAAGACUCAAAACAAGAUGGGAUCACAAUAUGAAGAAGUAUGUUGAUGUCUUAGGAUAUAACAUGUUCAACGACGCUUAUCUUAGUAGUAGUAGGAUUCAAGUUAAGAUAAGGAGUCAAUGCAGAAAAUGUGAAAGCUCCAUUGAGUUUACCAAAUUGGAGUUUAGAGCAACUGGUGACUACUAUAUAUUAAGGUUUUCAUUUGAAAAAAUAAAAAAAAAUGUCGACU